UGGAGUUAACAAUUUAUUCAACAUUUUAAUACAUGCAGCAAUGCUGCAAUCCGUGUCCGCGGACUUAGACGCGGUUAGACCCUGCCUUAACUCCGGCAUGCGUACACUGGGAAUGUGCUUAGUCAUAUGGGUUAUGCACAUAAUGCUGCACAUGUGCCUGGCCCAGGGCACCUUCCUAUUCGGGAAAUCUGUGAAGACGCAGUGUUGUUCUCUUUCCUCGAUCAGCGUCAUUAUCUUUCUUCAACCUACUCGGCCUUUACUUCAAUAGCUUUAUUAUACAAAUAUUACCACUUUUAUAUUACCCUGCUGAAACAGCGUUCGUUUCUAACUUCCUAAUCAACAUGCGCCUGAUCCCUCGGCCGGAGCUCCCAUUCCGCGCCGAUGACCCUUCAUAUAUGGAUGACUGGAGCAUCGCGGACAGAGUCGAGACCGUCGCUCAAGUCGCGGCGUGGUACGACAACGGCCGUGACUUUUAUGCCCGCAGAAUCCUCUCGCAAGUAAUAGACGAGCAACAUGCCCACUUUGAAGAGGGAGACACGUUCAACAUUGAUGGAGUUGAUGGAAACACUUAUCAAUAUAAUGUAAAUCCCACCGCUCGCCCCACCAUCGACUACAAGUCUUGGUAUGAGCUGCUAUCGGACGCCAACAAUGCGAUUAGGCCGACGGAGUGGAGGCCGUUCCACGCCUAUUGCAGCGUCAGACUUGCGAAUUAUAUAGAAGAGGAGGACGAAUCUUUCGAAGAGGAUCCGCAUUGGCUUGGGGAAAUGAGUGACGCAUCUGACGAGCUAUAUAGUCCGACCGAAGCUACCUUAGCGAAGCAGUUUUACCGCCUUGCGGAUUUGCGGGCCCGCUUGCGAGAAAAGCGGGCCUGGCCAGGAUGGAACAGUAUCAUUGCCGUUCUGUCUAGUUUGCGCAUGCCCAGGCAGAUCGACAAGGUCUUUGGCAUUGGGUGCGGCAGUCUAGAGGCAUAUGAGGAUGAUACUGAACUGUACAACCGAUGCACCAUGCGACAUGUUUUCGUAUACUGUCUUGCUAAAAGCCUGAAUCGCACGAGAGUAGGGCAUCCUGGCGUCGCCCGCUACUUUCAGGACCCCACGUACACGGACCUUGAUGAAGAGGCAAUUCGCAGACUCCAUGCACAUAUCCUCGUCGAUCCAGUAGCCUAUCUGGAAAUGGACGAAGCCUCUGUCGUCUUCUCCUCUGACGCAACUUGCUGUGUCAAAUCGAUUAUUGUAGAGAACGCCAGGCCGGCCAUACUGAUUCUAGAUCGCCCCCGCAACGACGGCUCUGCAUCUGAACUAACGGAUCCAUUCACUUCGCGUGUCGAAUGGAUACUCGACACGGAGUACCAAUCGCUUCGGAUCCCACAAUUCCACGACGAUUAUUGGGUCCCUAUGGCAAUGUACAUUAGAAAUGAGUUUAUUCCCCCGGCGUUCGUAUCGCCGUACGAACAAGCUCAGGUGGUAUAGAGUGGUGCAAAGGCGUUCAUCGGUAGGG